GGCGGCGGGUAACCGAACUCUUUCGGAAAAGGGUGGAGACGCCCGAGACGCUGUCCAGGCCCACACUCUCCAGGCCCUCCCCCUCCGGGCCGCAGCGGGGCGGGAGAAGCGGGAGGCACCUUCUCAUCUCCCUCUAGGUCGCCCUGCCCCCUCCCCGACCUACCUACCCCGCCCAAGGGGCAGUCCGAUUGCCUAGGCAGCGGCGUACUCUCGAGGCCGUAAUUGACAGGAGCUUCACUCCAACCAGCAAACGCCAUUUGUGUUUUCACACGCGGCGGGAGGCGAGGCGCCCAAUCAGCGAGAGGAGGCGGGCCAGAAGAGCUCCUCCCGCUGCGGGAGCCAUGGCGGAGUUCUGGUCUUGCUUUAUCUGCACUCUUCCGCUUCUCUUCCCCCCCCCCCCUCCGACCCCGCUCCGGCGCAGCGGACAGCCCCAGCCUUUCGGUUUCCGUAAAGCGAAACACUAAAGUUUCCACUUCCUAUAUUUUAGACGGCUUCAAUCAUUUCCCCCCCGUCAGCCGGCCAACCCUAAACCCCCCGAAGAGUUCCGCUCCCUACCUAGCAGCUGGCUUACUGACGAGCCGGUGCCCCCGCGCACAGCCUCUUCUGCUGGCGACCCCAGCGGCUCCUCCUGAUUGGCGGUAUUAAGACCAAUGAGUGCGGAGCGCUGGGCGUGGAGGCCAAUGGCGCGGCGGGAGGGGGCGUGUCCCGGGUGCCCCUGGCGCCAGUGCCGGGGAUCCCCGUGCGGUCAGUGGCGUUUCCGCUCGGGCAGCGGGCUGAGUGAGCUGCUGCCGCCGCCGCCGCCGCCGCCGUCGCCGCCGUCGCUGCUGCCGCCGCCGCCACCGCUGGGGGAGGGGCGGCCGCCGCCCGCCAGCUUUUUCAUAGACUCUCGCGCAGCAGCAGCAGCAGCAGCAGCAGCAGCAGAAACAGCAGCCGCCCCGCCAGUCCGCCCACACCCCCUCCCCUAUUCCCCCCCUCCCCGCCCGCGCGCCCGCCCUCGGUUCGCUCCGCCUUUCUGCCCCCACCCCCACCCCCACCUCACAGGCUCGGGCCAUCCCCGGCCAGGAAACACCGCGGCGCCGCGCUGGGCCUAGCUC